UAAAAACCUUAAGCAGUUAGUAGAGGAACAUGAUCAGGUAUCUCCAUCAGGAUUUCAGCCAGAGAGGGCAGGUGUGCCUAUUACUACUUCUGCAGAGUUAACUUUCCUGAAGCCCCUUGCUGUGAAGCCUCCUCCAGGUGGGAUUGAAGACAAGACUAUGCCUUCCUCCUCGAGCAGUGAUUUGGAUUUGAAUAAUCCAAAUAAAUAUUGCAAGCUCUGUGCUGCUUCCUUUAAUAGUCCGAUAAUGGCCCAACAACAUUAUGUUGGGAAAAAACACAAAAGAAAUGAAGCUAGGAAGACAUUUGUAGACAAGAAGAGAGAGAAACCUCUUCCAGCAAAAUCAAAUGCAAAUGCACUUAGUACAAGAACCUAUGUUUGCCGUGUUUGUAGUAUCACCUUUACAUCUUUAGAUAUGUUCCGGUCUCACACGCGAGAAAGUGGACAUCAUAUUAAAGAAUCUUCUGUUAUUAAUCCAGUGAAGAAUUCAAAGACACAAAACUCUUAUCAAGAAGAAUGUGCAGAUUAUGUCAAAGUGCAGAAAUCCAGAGAAUUAAAGCCCAAGACAUGUUUCAGAAAGAUGGAAGAGAGUUCUUUGGAUACCCGUGGGUAUAGAGAAGUGGUCAGUUCCAGGCCCAGACAUAGAAUGUUUGAUCAAAGAUGCCCAUUUGAGACUUUCCAGACAUACACAGGGCCAUACAAUAUUUCACAAGCAGUGGAAAACCAGUUACCUCACUAUUUACCAGCUCAUUCAAAGAAGACAUAUGACUCCUUCCAAGAUGAACUUGAAGAUUACAUUAAAGUUCAGAAAGCCAGAGGACUACAUCCAAAGACUUGUUUUAGAAAGAUGAGAGAAAGUUCUAUGGAAACCCAUGGGUAUAGAGAAAUGGUCGAUUCUCAACCCAGAAAAAGAAUAUAUGAGCAAAGAUUUUCAUUUGAGACUUCCCAGGCCUACCAACAGCCAUACUACACUUCACCAGUAGAAGGCCAGUUACCUCAUUGCUUGCCAGCUUAUUCAAAAAAGAAGUAUGACUCUUUUCGAGAUGAACUUGAAGAUUACAUCAAAGUGCAGAAAGCCAGAGGACUAGAGCCAAAGACUUGUUUCAGACAGAUAGAUGAUAGCUCUGUGGAAACCCAUAGGUACAGAGAAAUGGUUGAUACUAGACCCAGACAUAGAAUGUUGGAACAAAGACUCCCAUUCGAGACUUGCCAGACCUACCCAGGACCAUACAAUAUUUCACAAGCAGUGGAAAACCAUUUACCUCAUUGCUUACCAGCUCAUGAUAGCAAGCAGAGAGUAUACUCUGUGAGCUACUGUCAACUCACCAGAGACUAUUUCCCAGAAAAACCAGUACCCCUGAGUCUUAAUCAGCAAGAAAACAACUCUGGCCCAUACAGUGUAGAAUCCGAAGUUUACAAGCACCUGCCCUCAGAAAACAAUAUCAGUGACCAUCAAGCAAGUCAUAAACGGAGACAUCAAAAGAGAAGACGACACCUGGAAGAAGGUGAAGAAAGACCAGAGAAGGAGCAGUCCAAGCAUAAAAGGAAAAGGAGUUAUGAGGAUAUGGAUUUAGACAAAGACAAGAGCAUCAGACAAAGAAAAAGAGAGAGAGAUAAAGUCAGGGUCAGUUCAGGAAAGCUUAAGCAUCGAAAGAAGAGAAAAAGCCAUGAUACACCCUCUGAGAAAGAAGAACGUAAGCACAGGAAAGAGAAAAAGAAAUCUGUUGAAGAAAGGACAGAAGAAGAAAUGCUUUGGGAUGAGUCUAUUCUUGGAUUUUGAACUUUUUGUUUACCCAAGGAUAUAUUGAAGAAAACGGUUAAGACUAUGGAUUUAGACAAAGACAGGAACAUCUGAUGAAGAAAAGAAGUGGAUACAGUCACUAUCAGUUCAGGAAAGCUUAGUUUUUUGUGUAAAAAUUGAAAUUGAAUUGAAAAAAGAAACAGAAAAGCUUAAACCCAGCCUCUGAGAAAGAACAUAAGAAUGCAGGAAGAACAUGUAAGGAAAGGAAACCUGUUGAAGGAAAGACAGAAGAGUCAGUAUUUUGGGAUGAGUUUACUGUUGGAUUUUGAGCUUUUUAGUUUUGUUUCCAUAAAGUUGAAAAAAUGGGUUGAAGAGUUUGACUUCAUGAAAUUCAUUUUACUUGAAUUUUUCUCGGUGGACAGUUACUUUAAACUCUAACAGGGCUGGCUAGUUAGUUCAGUUGGUUAGAGCACCACCUUGUAACACCAUGGUCAAGGGUUCAGAUCCCUAUAUCAGCCAGCUGCAAAAGAGAAAAAGAAAAGUGUACUUGAUCUUCAAAGAUGAGCUCAGAGCCCACCUUUUGGGCUGGCCGGUUAGCUCAGUUGGUUACAGCACCACCUUAUAACUGCAAGGUCAAGGGUUCAAUCCUUGUACCAGCCAGCCACAAAACAAACUCUAACAAAGGGCAAGUGAAAUAUGCCUUUUCCUCAAAUUACUUUCCUUCAUUUUCUAAAAAAAGGAAAAAAAAAUUAUUUCAUGUUUCUUACAUAUAAUGUAAUUCCCCUAAAUGAAGUUGUGUCUACUUUGUACAUCAAAUUGCUGUGACAGUGAAUUAUUUACCCAUGGGAGAUCAUUUAUUUUAAAUGAGAGAAUUACCAGGCAUUGCAGAAUCCAUUCCUUGUUUGGGUUCGUGUUAGUGUUGGUGGUAUUUUAUUGUUGAUGUUGUGUGUUUAUGUUUCUUGGUUUUCUCCAAGGAAAAUGUAUGAAACAAUUUAGACUGAUUUUUUUCUUUCUUAAAUCUAAUUUGCAGUGUAUUUUUGUAUUUUCUAAUUCUGAAAGUGGAAAAUGAAACAGUCUAUAAUAAACUUAGAUGAUAUAUAGUUUUUAAAAGCUCUCAAAAAGUACUGAUUAAAAAUUAGUCUAUAUUCUGGAAAUGUUUAUAUUAAAGUGUUUUAAUUUCUA